ACUCGCGGGGGACCUAGAUCCCCCAGCGCGCUCGUUUUUGCAAAUUAUAUAAAUAUUUAGAGCGCGAUCCGGUCGCGGCUUUGAGUAUUCCCAGUGACGCCCGAAAGCUGGCGGUGUGCGGACGUGCGUCGUGUUAACGUUAGAAGUUUGUAAGGUUUGUGAUACAGUAUGAAUAAAAAUUUGGAUUCUCAGCAGAUAGAAAGGCUACUAAAUGACUUUGAACUCGAUGAGAGUGAAAACGACACUAUUUUCCCCGAGAUAUUAUCCGAUUUGAGUGAUGCAGAGGAUGAAGUCAGUGUUCACGACACGGAGAGCGAUGAAUCAGCAGAUAGUACUUUGGAAAAUGAAGAAAUAGAAAACAUCGAACAGCAGAAUAGAGAAGCAAAUGCAUUCUAUGGUAAAAAUAGAUAUAAAUGGGCGAAAGCACCGCCUUCGCAGUCACGAGUUCGAGCGCAUAACAUAAUUUUGCACUUACCUGGCCUUAGAGGUCCUGCUCAGGCAAAAAAUAAGAUGACGCCUCUCGAUGCUUGGCAAUGUCUAUUUACUGAUGAUAUUCUUGAUUUGAUUUUAGAGCAUACAAAUGAAAAAAUUACAAAGUAUUCGGAAAAAAAUACAUGUAAUUCUGCAUAUACCGACCAUCUCAGUAAAGAAGAAUUGUGUGCAUUUAUUGGAUUGAUGUUUUUAUCGGGCAUAUUCAAAUCGGGAAGGGAAGAUGCUCGAGGUCUCUGGUCUUCUAAGUGCAAGGGUAGACCUAUAUUUAGAACAGUUAUGAGUCUCAAUCGAUAUCUUUUUAUUUUAUCAUGUCUAAGAUUUGACGAAGAACAUACAAGAGAAGAACGAAAACAAACAGAUCGUCUAGCUCUUAUAUCAGAAGUAUUCAAUAAAUUUAUAAAAAAUUGCAUAAGCAACUACAGCUGUUCUGAAUAUGUAACUGUAGACGAAAUGCUUGUACCUUUUAGAGGACGUUGUUUAUUUCGGAUUUACAUGAAAUCUAAGCCAGCUAAAUAUGGGUUGAAGAUAAUGUGUUUGUGCGAUGCAAAAACGCAUUAUUUAUUCAAUGCUUUUAUUUAUUCCGGAAAGGAGAAAGAUUUACCAGCCAAUGCUACCUUGAUACCUACGAGAAACGUAAUGAAGUUAGCUGAACCGAUCUAUGGAACUAAUAGAAAUAUAACUGGGGAUAACUGGUUUUCUUCUAUUGAGUUGAUCGACGCAUUGAUGGAAAAAAAUCUCACUUACGUUGGCACAAUACGUAAGAACAAAAAAGAAAUACCUCCGCAAUUUCUUCCUCAUAGAAACCGAGUAGUUCUCUCAUCACUUUACGGCUUUCAAAGAAACAAAACUCUAUUGUCAUUUGUUCCUAAAAAGAACGUCAGUGUUACUCUAGUGUCUUCAAUGCACCAUGCACCUGUGACCAAUCCUGAAACCAAAAAACCCGAGAUAAUCGAUUUUUACAAUUCUACUAAAGGUGGCGUAGAUGCCCUAGACCAAAAGUGUGCUGCUUACUCUGUGAAUAGGAGAUGUCAAAGAUGGCCGACCACAAUAUUUUGCUCAAUGUUAAAUAUAUCUGGAGUAAAUAGCCAUGUACUUUACAGCGCAUCGAAUCCUCACAAAUACAUUAGUCGUUACAAGUUCUUAGAAGAACUUGGAUAUUCUUUGGUGACUCCUCAUGUUCUGGAUAGAAGACGCAUUUCAAACCUUUCAAGGGAGCUGAAAGGUAUGAUGGACAAGUUCCUACGCGAGGUUGGUGCUGAGAUACCUGAAGAUCAACCAAAACAAGGUCCGAGCCAAAAUAAAAGACCAAAGAAAUCUAGAUGUCAUUUGUGUCCAAGAAGCAAAGAUAGUAAUACUCCUAGGGUGUGCUCAAAAUGUAUGAAAAAUGUCUGUCGUAAUCACUCUAUUGAUGUAAAAAUAUGUACUGAAUGUGAGACAUAA